AUGUUCCAUAACCUCCACGUCUGCCCUUAUGAGGGAUCAGACCACCUCUGCUAUCAUCAAGGAGUGCAAACCGAGGGAUAUACCAGGGGCUAUUAUACGAUUUUGGACGACGCUUACCAAGAAACCACCACGGUGCACAGCGGCAACGGGAUGUUUCCUGGCGAUUUGCACGAACUGAGAGUCAUUGAUGGAAAGACCGCACUCAUCAGUGUAUACCAAACAGAGCCUUACAAUCUCGCCGCAUAUGGCAUAGGUCCGGGAAAUGGUUGGGUGAUCAGCGGCGCCUUCCAAGAGGUUGAUAUAAAGACAGGAAGGGUCCUAUUUGAGUGGAAGUCGCUUGACCACGUUCCCCUUUCAGCUACCCUGACCCCCCUGCAGUUAGAUGGGGUGGUUGGUGAUGGCCGGACUAAUGGUAGCGCGUGGGACUAUUUCCAUAUCAAUUCGGUUGAUAAGAAUCGCGAUGGCGACUACCUGGUAUCUGCAAGACAUACCAGCUGCAUAUACAAGGUUUCCGGCGCGACUGGGUCCAUCAUCUGGCAGCUGGGCGGCACUCAAUCUUCGUUCCAGCUGAGCGGUUACAAUUUCUCCUAUCAACAUGACGCCCGGUUCCACGAGGAGAACGAGACCACCACAGUUCUCUCGUUCUUCGAUAACGCGAGCAACCUGCAUCAAAACACGUCCUCCGCUUCGUCCGGGAAGAUUGUUUCCAUCGACCACCAGACGAACACGUCAACGUUGACUAGACAAUACCAUGCCCCUGGCAACGGCCUGCUUUCUCUUUUUCAGGGAAACACCCAAGUAUUACCGAACAAGCAUGUUCUGAUCGGAUGGGGCAACCAUCCCGCGAUUUCGGAACAUACCGAGGACGGCACUGCCAUAUUCUUUGCGACAUUGGAGUCCCCCGGUUCACAGAAUUACCGCGCAUACAAGGCCAAUUGGACUGCAAAGCCAAGUGACCCUCCGGCGCUUCGAGCAUACAGUGCAUCUCCAAACCCAGCAACCACCUUCUGGGUAAGCUGGAAUGGAGCAACAGAUGUUGACCACUGGACAAUCCACGCCACAUCCCCUGCAUCGGACCAGUUCAUGCCUCUGGAGGCGGUACCCAGCCAGGGCUUUCAGACUACAUAUACCAGCUCUCGCUACCACCCUCGGGCUUUUGCGGAGGCCAUUGCGGCCGACGGGUCGAGUAUGGCAAAUUCGUCAGUUGUAGAUACAUCUUCAACGUUACCGGGGCGAGGUUAG